UCACUUCCGAGUGUAGGUUAGGCUCCCUCCCCUCACACACACCCUCCCUGAAAGGUGUCGGAGAGAGAGGCUCAACCAACAACAAGUUGUGACAAAUCCUUUUUUUAUCAAGGACAGGGAGUUCGCACAAAACUCAGGUUGGGCGGUGAGAACCAUGCAAGUGUUUCACUGAAUGGACCGAACGGAAGAAUCGAUUUGAGUGGAAGUUUAUUUAUCUUCUUCUUUCAGUUGAGCCUGACAUACCUCCUCAUCCUCUCGUCUAGGCUACCGCCUGCGUGUGUAGGGAGCCGAGGACCCACCCGAAGACACACUUUAAUGCUGUGAUUUUUCGGUUGUCUUCUCGGUUCAGGACUGAUUUAAAGGAUUGGAAAUGCCUGGGAACGAGAGAGUUUCUCGUCUCUUGAAAAUUAUAAUUCAAAAGCCAGGGAACGACGCGUGCGCAGACUGUGGUGCGCCUGAUCCUAGUUGGGGCUCCUGUUCCUUAGGAGUGUUCAUCUGUGUUCAAUGUUCCGGGAUCCACAGGAAUAUUCCCGACAUCGGAAUGAAGGUCAAAUCCCUCAGCCUCUCCCGCUGGGAAGACCAGGAAGUGAAGUUCAUGGCGGAGAAUGGGAACGAAUUGAUGAAGCAGAAAUAUGAGGCGUUUGUUCCUGUCUACUACUACAAACCUACCCACAAAGACUGCCAGGUCCUGAGGGAGCAGUGGAUCAGAGCGAAGUACGAGAGGAAAGAGUUUACAGGGGUAGGGAAGAAACAGACCUAUGAGGAGGGAACGAGGGAUGGAAUGUUGAUGAAAAGGGGGCGGGACAACGGCCAGUUCCUCAACCGACGAUUCGUUCUCUCAGAAAGAGAGGGGACACUGAAAUACUUCACCAAGUAUGAUGCCAAGGAGCCUAAAGCGGUGAUCAAGGUGGACUCUAUCAACGCAGCCUUCCAGCCAGAGAAGAUAGGUAACCCCAACGGACUACAGAUCACCUACCUGAAAGACUACAACACCAGAAACAUCUUCCUCUACCACGACAACGGCAAGGAGAUAGUAGACUGGUUCAACUCUAUAAGGGCCAUCCAGCUCCACUAUCUAAAGGUGGCCUUCCCAGGGGCUAAUGAUGCGGAGCUGAUGCCCAAAUUGACCCGGAACUUUCUGAAGGAGGGCUAUAUGGAGAAAACAGGACCCAGGCAUACAGAAGGGUUUAAGAAGCGUUGGUUCACCCUAGACCACAGACGUCUCAUGUACUACAAAGAUCCCCUGGAUGCCUUUGCCAAGGGUGAGGCAUUCCUAGGGCACCAGGACCAUGGUUACAGAGCUAGCCCCGGCCUUCCCGCCGGAACCCACUGCAACGGCGCCUGGCAACACGGCAUCACCAUAGUAACACCCGAGCGCAGCUUCCUGUUUACCUGCGAGACGGAAGCUGAGCAACAGGAUUGGCUGAAACACUUCAAUGAUGUCAUCAGCAUCCAGAUGUCCCCUCAGGAGUACUCCAUGGAGGCUAUGUUCAGACACAAGCAUUGAUGGACCCUUCCUUCCCCCAUCCUCCUCUCCUCUACCCGUCUUCUGUUCCUCCUCUCUCCUCCUCUCCUUUACCCGUCUUCUGUUCCUCCUCUCCUCCUCCUCUCCUCUACCCGUCUUCUGUUCCUCCUCUCUUCUCCUCUCCUCUACCCGUCUUCUGUUCCUCCUCUCUCCUCCUCUCAUCUACCUGUCUUC